UCAGCUAAAGGGGAUUCUAUAAAAGAGAAAAUUAGUAUUGAUUUGACCCCAUGAUCCAAAAGGACUAGAAAAUAUAGCAACACUUUGUCCAAGUAUGGGGGUAUUUUUACAGCCUCCAUAGAAACACUUGAAGGCCGCUGUUGUCAUAGUUAAUAAAUCACGAAGAUGUCUUUUCUAUGCUGUUAUCUGUUGUUUCAAAGCAACUUGAUAACCUGAGGUGACAUCAUGAGUGACCUUUAGGUUAACUUUUAAGUUUAAAGCUACUCGCCCACAGUUUGGAUGAAAAUUUUCAACAUGUUCAUUUCCAACAUGUCUGGCAUAGAAUGUUUAUAUGACACUGAAAAACUGAUAACAGGACUUAAAUAGAAGUUAGUUGUUGGUAUAAAGUGCCAGAAGAAUCUAAUUGUUUUGCAUUAUAUCAAUAUCUUGCAAAAACGUUAUGUCAGUAAGUCACUUUCAGAGUCUUCACUUUUUAUUGAUUUUUGAGCGAAAUUAUUUGCCGCAUAAAUGUAUGGGCUAGUCCGUUUAAAAAUACAUAAAGCUUAUCAACCUAGUUCAAAUUAGUUUACAACUUUUAUAUACAUACUUUGUUACAAAAAGAAUUAUUAAAGGGAGAGUGUAUUUGAUAGAUGUCUUGAAAAGAUAUUUUGUUUAAAAGAUGAAAUUUGUGUUUUAUUUAUCUUUUAUUGCUCUAUGCGUUGCCAUUGAUGGUAACAGAUGGGAUAUUUCGAAAAGAAUUUUGGUUGAUGAUAAUUUCUACACUUUGGUCGCUAAACUAAAUUCUUUAGAGCAACAGGUCUCAGCACUCACAGCUCAGACUAGUGAGAUAAUGGAGUUAAAGAAUACAAUUUCUAGACAAAAUAAUACAAUAAGUGAACUUCAGCAGGAGAUGGCUUUUGUUAAGUCGUCGCAAGGAAAACAUAACCAGAUUGCAUUCAUGGCCUACCUGACCAAGGACGUGACGGGACACAAUAACCAUAUUUACUUCGACAACGUCACACUCAAUUUGGGCAACGCCUACAACCCACACCACGGAACAUUCGUCGUACCUUUCAACGGUACUUACCAGUUUACCAUUACCACAUGUGCUCUAUACAAUCACGAGAGUUUCGUAGAAUUGUACGUAAAUGAAGCACGAUUUGGAAGUAUCCAAGCGGGAGACACCCAGUUGUGGGCCUGCAGCACAAAACUGUUCCUAAUUAAUCUGAAGUCGGGCGAUGAUGUGUAUGUUAAACAGCAUGAAACCGCGGGUGAUUAUAUGUUGUCUAACGUUGUUGAAGGGCAGCCAUGUUUUACUGGCGUUUUGUUGUAUCAACAAUAAAACAAAUAUAUAAUAAAUGGUGGUACUGGAAA